AUGCCCUCAGUAGCGCCAUACAGAAAUGACAUGAACAAUGUGCUUCAGCAGAUCGUCACCUCGUCGUCGGAGGCAGACACGUUAGAUCAGUUGAUUCCAUACAUCAAAGAUUACAGCUAUGGGAACAAGACUGCCCAUCUGCUGAGCCAGCUAUCCGACCUUGCCGGCGAGCGGGAGGCCGAGAUUGAGCGCCAAUGCAACACCAACCACCAAGAGUUUGUCAAGUCGGUCAAUCAGCUUCUUCGAAUCCGCGAAGGCACCGUCACUCUCACCAACGAGAUCCUUGAGCUGAAUCAGUCCAUUCAAGCCAGCACGGAACGCCUCGUCGAUCAGAAGAAAGCUCUAGUCGAGUCCCGAGGCGUGAGACAGAACAUUGAAGACGCCCGGCACGCUCUGCAGGACUGUCUGGAAGUUCUUCGCUUGGCAAACCAAGUCCAAGAGCUCCGGGACCAAAAGAAACACUAUGCUGCUCUACGAGCACUGGACGAGCUGCAAAGCGUCCACCUUCAGAACGUGACCCAGUAUGAGUUGAGCGAGCUGAUUCAGAAGUCGGUGCCUGCGACUCAGAAAUCGAUUGCUGAAGCCGUCAUGGCCGACCUCAACACCUGGCUCUUUCGUGUCCGAGAGAUGUCCCAAUACCUGGGGGAGUUGUCCUUCUACCAUACCGACCUGCGCAAGCAGCGGCUCAAGGAGAGAUCCGAGAAGACUCCCUAUCUUGCCAACUUUAAACUCAACUCUGCCAUUGAGCUGGUGGCGGACGAGCAUGAGGAAUUCGACCUGCUCAAAAGCGAAGACCUCGAGGUUGAUUUUACUCCCUUGUUCGAAGCACUCCACAUCUACCGCUCACUCGGUCAAAUGGAGAAAUUCAAGACCGACUACGCCGCCAGUCGCCGCGCUCAACGCGAUCUUCUCCUCCAGAAUUCCAUCUCCCUCGUCGACGAAGAGAUGGGCGAUCUGCACACUCUCCUGGAAGAUAUCGCCGGCUUCGCCAUUAUGGAACGUGCCACAAUGAAGAAAGUCCCCGACCUCCGUUCCACCACCGAAGUUGAAGAGCUGUGGGACUCACUCUGCCAAACGGCCAUCUCGUUGAUGUCCAAGGCCCUCGCGGCGGUGGACAAUGCGGAACACCUGCUGAAGAUCAAAAACCUCGUCUCCUUGUUUAUCCAGACCAUGAACGCCUUCAACUUCAACACCGCGGCCAUGGCUAAUUUCGUCCUGGUCCUGUUUGACAAGUACGCCGAGCUGCUCAAAGAACGGUUCAGCGAGGACUUUAUCGAGAUCGUCAGCACAGACGACUACAUGCCCAUGCCGAUCCAGAAUGCCGAGGAAUUCGAAAAGGUCGUCAACGUGUCCUGGUACACACCGGAUCGUCCCGUGCACGAAAUGACCUUCCCGACCGUCUUCCCCUUCUCGCAGAUGUAUCCGCUCUGCUGCAUCGACAUCCGCAACUUCCUGAAUCAGUUCUACUUCUUCUCUGCGCAGGAGGACAACACGCCGUCGCCGCUCACGUCCAAGAUCGAUUCCCAACUGCUGACCUCGCUCGACGACCUCCUGACCACCAAGGUCUGCGCCAGUCUGGUGUCGAAGCUCUCGUCGCAGUACCUGGGUCAGAUCGUGCAGAUCCUGAUCAACCUCUCGCAUUUCACCACGGCCUGCCACGAACUCGAAACACUGCUGGCCACGGCGCGCUCGUCGUCCUCCGCGCUCGGCGGCGGCGGGAGCGUCGGCCCACCGGUCUCGCUCAAGGCUACGGCGCAGUUCAGCACGCACCAGAAGACGGCCGAAAACCGCAUCUUCGAGCUGGUCAACAGCAAAGUCAGCGACCUGAUCGAGACGGCCGAGUACGACUGGCUGUCGCGCGACCCCCCAACCGAACCGUCGAAUUACAUCCUCACCCUGACGCGCUACCUGUCGAACAUCAUCAACAGCGUGCUGCUCUCGCUGCCAUCAUCGCUGAAGGAUCUCAUGCUCUUCAACGCAAUCUCGCACACGGCCUCCAGCAUCCUGUCCCUGCCCCUGUCACCGCAGGUCGACCGGCUGACCACGGCGUGCAUCGCGCAGAUGGACAUGGACAUCCAGCACUUCCGGUCGUACGUCGAGACGCUGCCCAACAACAGCAUCCUGCUCGAGUCGCUGGACGAGCUGAUCCAGACGGUGGCGCUGAUGAGCACCGACCAGCCCGACGAGUUUUACGACAUCUCGCUCCGGAACAAGAAAUACCGCAACGUCGACCCGCUCAAGGGCCCGCAGCUGCUGGAGAAGGUCGUGCACGUGGACGUCCGGUCGCCCGUGUCCGCGAGAGGCGGGGGCGCCGGGCAGGGCCAUUUUGACGGCGACAACGCCAGAGACAGCACAGGGCUGGCGUACAGUGGGAGCACCGGGUCGAGGGGGGGCAAUACCUUUGCGGCGCUGCAGAAUCGCUUCAUGUCGCAUAGCGGACGAUGA